UUGAGCCUGUCAUCUUAAUAUUCAGUGCAAGUCUUGAGUAUUGACUAGAAAGUCAGGAACCAAGUAAUGAGCAACGAUGACGACGUCACAGUCACGUUAUGGUAACGUUAGGAGAGACGUAAGAUUGUUUUCAGUUUCAACCAGAAAGUUUUAAAGAUAAAUAUGCUUGGUAAUGGGAGAAGAGGAGUCGAUUAACUGUGAAGAAGCUUUUGAUUCCAUCUUUAGUCAUUUUAUUCAAGAAUUCGUUAUUGACAGUGUUUUGGGGGAAUUUAGUUUUGCAUUCGAUGAAACUGAGGAGAAUAUGUCUGAUGAAGAAGUCAUAAUACCCGAUUCUGCUGGUGAUUGGUUACACCCUACUAUUAAGUGCACUGAUGUAUCGAAGUCAACAGAUAAAUUGUUCGAUGAGAGGAGACUACAGGAGUCUUUUGAUUUGGAUCUUGAAGAUGAAGAAGAAGAAAUCAUCAGUAAUAUUAUACUGGAUAGGAUAACAGAUGGUACACAGGAGGCAAUAACUUUCCAAAUCAUCGAGAGUAAUGAACAGGGUACAGAUGGUACACCGGAGGCAGUAACAUUCCAAAUUAUCGAGAGUAAUGAGCAGGGUAAUACUUUUCUGGAACGGAUAACGGUUGGUACACAGGAGACAAUGACUGUCCAAGUUAAUGAGAGUAAUGAGCAGGAGUAUAAGCCUGUAGACAGAGAACGAGCAAAAAGUCAUCAUUCUGGACUUGGUCGAACUAGCUCUAUCCGCAACGUUUUCAACACGAUUUUCCAUCGGAGUAAAUCAACAACAAAAGGAGUAAAGGAACCAGAGGAAUUAGAAAAUCUCGUGUCAAAUAAAAAGAAUAGACGAUUCUUCAAACGUACACGUCGAAAUAACAAAGAACCUAAAACCACUUCAAUUGAGGUACAAGAGGCUACUGAUAUAUCAUCACAGGUUCAGAAUAAACUCAUUUCACGACUCUUCACUGGUAAUAAGGCCAACCGUCAAAAUGACAACGAAAGAAUGUUAGAUGGAACUGGGCAUUCAAGGACUGUGCUUGGAGGAAUCCGCAAUUCACUGAUGAAUUUGUUUAGAAACCGAGUUGUUGUUUAGAUAAUUAUGGCAUUGAUUGAUGGUCUGUUGUUCUUAUUCUCUAAUGUCAAACCAAUAUACUGGAAUGGAAUGAAAAAGUUAUAAAGGUAAUACAGUAAAAAGAAAUAAACAAAUACGUAGCACCCGAAUAAAACAAACUGUAAUAUUGGGUACUAUCAAAAACGUUUGUUGACGUAUUAACCACGAUCAUUCGCAAACAGAUAAAUAAAAGUUUGAACAAUUA